AACAAAAACAAACAUGGUUGUGGGAGGUCUUUAGGCUACACUCUACAGGUAUAGGUCUUUGUGCGUGUCAGAGGACAGAAAGUGAUGGAGGGACCUGAAUCGCAGCCAAAGCGCCAAAUAAAUCGGCACACAUUGGCGUUCACUCCACCUUCUAUAAGGAAUACCGAAGAAAUCCGCUCAGGAGCGCGGCUGGUAAACACGGGCCGCCGCUCAAAAGGGAAAUGUCUAACAGAUGAUUGGCGCCGUGCCCGCCCGCUCUACUUCUGCUGCGCGCUCCCGGCCCAACUUAAACGCAGCUCCUCUGACCAAAACCAGACACGCAUACAAACACACACACAAAGCACCGGGGAAGCAUUGCUGCUGGGACGUGACGCGACUGAUCCUGAGCAAAAAGCUGCUGCUGUUUAUUCCGAGGAAUGGGGCGACGCUGCUCGUGUCCACUGACGUUAACAAGCCCAGCUCAAAGCAAACGCAAUAACAUCGCACCGUCUGCCGGUGAGGUCACUGUGGCACAAAGCAAAGCGACCUGCGCGGACACGCAACGGAGAUUCCGUCACAUCACAGCGGCUUUGUUCGUGCGCUGAUUGACUGCUUGGCUUUGGAUGAUAUUUUCCCAGCAGAAAAUUAUCGAUUAUUGCAAGACAAAAAGGCUCUCGCUGAUGGAUCGUGGAUAAGUAGUUACUGAUGAACCCAGCGGGACUACAGCAGCGGAGCCCAGAGGAGAAAACGAGAGCGCGUCCACAACGACACAUCUGAUUAAAUAAAACAGCACUCCUUUUGACUAAUUCACCAUUAUAGAUAAAGUUCAGGACUGAGGCGAAACUAUGGCUUUGGUCCUAUCAAUGAACCCAUUUUGUGAGCCUGAGGCAGAAGCCCCGCCAUCCAUCUACCAUCCGAUCUGGGAAUCUGAACAUUGCAGUAAAAGCUGUAUCUCCACCCCCUCACCACCAGGGGGUGACACCCAUGGGCUCAUAGAAGCGCCCCAUCACAGACGAGCUCCUGAUCAUGUGAUGGAUCGUGUGGCCAUGUCACGGAUCUCUUAUUUCAAGAGGAAGUUCGUGGAGGAUGAAGAACCUGUACUGAGCUUCAGGAGUUACUGCCACACUGUGUCACCAGUCCUGGAGGAGCGCACUCACAUUCUCCGUCUCUCUCUUUCAAAACUGCGUUUCAUGGAUGACCCAGAGUCCUUCUUACGGCGCUCCGUGCUCAUCAACAACCUUCUCCGUCGCCUCAGAAAUGAAAUCCUCCUUCAGAGUGACUGGUGCUUCCCAUCGGGUCCCACAGCAACACCUUGUCCCCUCCAAUCCCCUGCCACAAAUAACCCUCUUCCCCCUCCAGUCCUGCAGCCCUGCAUUACGCCACCUGGGCCGUACCGCAAACGCCUGCGUCUGCUGAGGAGGGAAGGCCCAGAGUGCAUCCCAGCCUGCUGCUGUUUAUACGCAGCCGGCCGUUACCUUCAGCUUCCUCUGUCUGUGUACGAACGGGAUGUAUACACCAACUCUCACCCUACUUCUUCAUCACCAUCUUCAGUUAGAUUUCCACAGCUGCUGGAGGAGGAGGACGAGGAGGAAGACAGUGAUGAAGAAGAGGACUCUGUGUGUCCUAUGUUGGCUCUCUGUCAAGCUGAAACCAGAGAGCAGAACAGGACGUGGGAUGGUCUACGUCCACAGAGCCACAGGGAAAACGAGACCCAGGAGAGAGAGAGAGAGAAAGGGAAGGAGAGGGUUAGAGGAGGAGAGGUUUCACAGCGAUGGAUUACAGACGCUAUAAGUACUGGACACCAUGGGCCUCUCACCAGGGCUCACGUGAGGGGAAAAUAACAACUGAACACUUGCUGUGGAAACAAAGGAAGAAACUGGUUUCCAGCGGCCAAAUAGAUGUUACGUAUAGGAACCAGAAUAUCAAUGGUCAAUGAAUUUUUAGGUACUUUUUGUACUUCUGGAUUCCGCAACAUCCCAGAUCAAAAGGGACAGUGAAUUCACAUAUUGCUUGUCUCUUGCGAAAAAUACCAUACUGUGCCUUAAAUGUUCCUGUUUAAUCUGUUUGAUGUGUUUAUAGAUAUUUGUGACUGAACCAGUUUAAUCCGCAAAGUAUGGAAGCUCGUUUCAAUAAACUCACAGUUCUGAGAAGAAAAGACAAGAGUUGCAAAAUAUAAACUCACAGUUGUUAUAGGGAAAAAAAAAACUGAAUAAAAAAAAGUAACAUUUAUCUUAUUUUAUUACAUAUCGGAAAUUGCUGAAUUUUCAAUAAUUUGAGGUUUAUAUCUUGCAAUUCUGCAAUUUUAUCUAUUCCAUGGCAGAAAUAGCCUUCCAUAGUGAAGGGCACCAUGUGAAGUAAAAAAGAUUCACACUCAUUUGGAAUUUGUAAAGAAAAAAAAAUGCUAAUAAUAAUAAAAUGUUCGAAAUUUCAUAGGCACUUGAGAAAUGCAUGUCAUAGGUUGCUUUCCAUGACGAUCAUGUUUACAGGCAGUGGAUUUUAGCCAGAAUGCAUGAGGCCCUGAAGGUGGCCAUAAUGUUUAAUAAAAUACUAUUUCAUUUAGCACCCUUAACAUUUCAUACAUUUGCAUAUUCAUGAGAUAAAACAACCUAAUUGAUGUUUGCUGACAGAGAUCACAGAUACAGUUAACUUAUUAUCCCUAUUAAUUAGUUUUUUUGAGGUCCACUGAUUCAAGUGAUUAUUGGUGCGAAUGAGAGAAUCUUCAGUCACUAUGAAAGUUUUUAUUUCAUGCACUUUCUUUGUUUAUGUGUUUUCUCUACAUUUAUUUUUUUAUUUCAAUAAACACAAAAUGCGAGACCCUAAGACAUGAGCACACUGGUAGGAAAUCAAAUUGAAUCUUAAAGAGCAGGUCAUAUGGGUUUUCGAAAAAAUAUAUUUUUUGCAGUUUGUAACCUAGCUAUCCUUCAAUGUAAACAGUCUGCAAAGAUGCUGAAAACUGCUGUGAAGAGAGAACUGAAGAUGAACACAGAGCCGAG